UCUGAAGCUCCCUCAACAGAUGUUUCAACAUCCGAAGAAAUGGGCUCCAAAGAGCCCCAAGUUCCUAUCAGCCAUGGUGCUUCGGUCGCAGCUGACACCGGAGGUGCUCGAGGCCUAGGGAUUCCCAUUCCUGGUAGGGCGGAGCCCAAGCGGAUCUACCAGAGCUCAGCUCCGGGCAGAUCUCUGGAGGCAGCAAUGCAAACCAUGAGUGUAAGACGUGAUGAAUCUUAUGAAAUUGAGGAACAGUUUAUACUGCGUCUGCCUCCGGAACAAGCUUAUGCUGUCAGGAAAAUGAUGCAUUCUAAAAGUGCUGUUUCGAAGGAUAAACUAAAAAUUGACUUUUCUUCUGAUGGACACAAUGCAGUUGUUCAAGUAGAAGAUGUCUCACUGCCUGCUAAACUGGUUAAUUUGCCUUGUGUUAUCGGAAGCCUGAAAACUAUUGAUAGAAAAACAUUUUAUAAGACGGCGGAUAUUUCUCAGAUGCUUGUAUGCAGUCCUGAAGGUGAGCCUCAUUCUUCUCCUGAAGAACCAGUUACCUCUACUGGUCCUACUGUAAUUGGAACUACUAAAGGGAAGGCAGAGAAAAAAAAAUAUAACUGGAAGCAUGGCAUUACUCCACCACUUAAGAAUGUCAGAAAGAAAAGGUUCCGGAAAACAACAAAAAAGCUCCCAGAUGUCAAACUGGAUGAAAUCAACUUUAGUGAGUACACUCAAUCUCCAAGUGUGGAAAAAGAAGUAAAGAGACUGCUCUGCUCAGAUGCUGAAGCCGUCAGUGUCCGCUGGGAAGUCGUUGCUGAUGGUGAUACUAAGGAAAUAGAAAGCCAAGGGUCUAUCCCAACCAUUCCAGGAAUCCCACAGAUGGGUGGUGCUAGUCCAUUAGUAGAAUAUGAUGUGCUUCGGGAAAUGAUGCGUAAUUCUGGCAGCACCAGUACUGAUGUGGAAGAUAAGAAUAAUAAAGAUGAGGAUGAUGAUGAUGAUGAUGAUGACGACGACGACGACGACGACGAUGAUGAUCAAGAGGAUGAUGAUGAAGAUGAUGGAAGUGAAGAAAAAGAGGAGGAGGUGACAGACAGUUCUGAAGAGGAGUUAGAGAAGGAGCUGCAAACCAAAUUUCUUCAAUCUACCUUCCAUGAAGCAGACCAACAUUACAGCUCAAUAAUCAUGGCAAUUCAGAAACUGAUUUAUAUCAAAGAAAAAAGGCUCCAGCAGAUUUAUAAAAAAGCCCAGCGACAGAAGGAUCUCCUCAGCAAUGUGGAGAAUGUGACCCUCAAGACACAUUUCCAGAAUGUUUUGGGGAAGCUUAACGUAAUGGAAAAAGAGAAGUGUGAGCAGAUUUAUCACCUCCAGGAACAACUGAAAUGUUUCCUGAAGGAGUAAGGAGAGCCUCAGCUUGGCACACAAAGUGGAUUCACCUUCCAGAGGAAGACUGGGUGGAACCACAUACCCUUCCCUCCAGUUACUUUAUCUUGACCAACUGUUACUUAUUAUUUUUCACUAAAGUAAAUUUAAGGAUCACAUUUAUAUAGAAGGAGACAUAUAUAGAAGGAGUUAUAUAAAUGCAUAGUAGGUUUAGAGACCCCACUAAACAUGGGGUGUUGUUUCUCUUUGUCAAUUUGAGUAAUCUAAGAAAUACUUAGAUGUAAGUAUUUCUUUAUCUCUUACUCUAUGGUACCAUGAGACCAUUCAGCCAUCUUUGUCAAAGGUAGAUGGUUUAGCCUAGAAAGAUGCACAGCUGUUUUACAAAAGUCAGCUUUUCAAACCCUGUAUUUCUUACAAUAUCGAAAAUGAGCAAUUUGUUAGCUGGUAAUCCCAGCAAUUUAAAACUCAGAAGGUCAAGUUGAAGGCCAGCCUGGGCUAUAUAUAAGACCCUGUCUCAAAAUAAAAUAAAAUAAAAUAAAAUAAAAUAAAAUAAAAUAAAAUAAAAUAAAAA